UUCUUCUAACCCUACACGCGCUCCACGGUCGCUCUUUCCCUUUCCUCACCUUCUUCAUAUCUGAUUCCUCUCUCUGUCAUUCCACCUUUCCUCAAACAACUUUACUCAUUCAAAAUUCAAAUUCAUUGUCACCAAACCAAAUUCCAAAACCCAGAGAAAAAGAGAGAGAAGAGACGGAUACACAUCUAGGGUUUUUUAGAUUCAUUCUCUAGAUCUCACGUUUUCAAAAUCUGCGCCCCUUUCUCUCUCUGGCGAUUCAAGAACAUCAAAGCGAUUUCACCAGAUCUAUGAAGAUUUCACAAGAUCCAAUUGAUUUGAGAUCCAAAUGAUUUCAGAUCUUCAUCGACCCUCUCUCAUUUUCGUCUCAUCUCAGGUUCAGCUCUCUCAUUUUCAUCUCAUUCUCUCUGUUUCUUCAUCCGUUCUCAAGAUCCAGAUCUUGGUGAGUACCAACAUUUCCUCUCUCAUACGAUUGAUGAACAUGUAGAGAGGGAAAUACUGAAUCAUAGAUCUUUGAGACAUCCAAAUAUUAUCAGAUUCAAAGAGUUGAAGAGGACUCAGAUUUAUAUCCCAAUGAUCCGUUUAACCAAGCUCAGAAUAAUUCUUCUGCUGCGGGCACUUCUACUUCGGGUCGGGUCCUUCCGAAAUGGAAUAUGGCUGCUUCGAACUCAAUGUCUAAUCGAGAUGGAGAGAUAGAAGACAUGGAGGAUUCGGAUGACGAUAAUGGGUAUGACUAUGGUAUUUCUCAAGCUCAAAAAGAUGCCAUCCGCAAAAGACUUACUUCCAAGUCCCAAACUGUUUUAGCGGAGGUUGCAAACAAUUGGGAACCGGGUGAAAGGGACUAUUUUGAGGACCUUUGCAUGGAAUUGGGUUUGGAUCCGGAUUUUUGCAUCGAAGAUGUGGCUGAAGAUGUUAGUGAGACGGCGCGGUUCUUUUCGAGGCUUCAAAAAGACCCGGUGGUUGCGAAACCCAUCUCUCAAUUGGUCCCUGUUCCGGGUUUCACUACGGCCCCAGACGUCACCCAGGUCCAGGUGUUUCUGAUACCAGGCUUGUAUGGCCGUAUGAGAUGGACAGUGGGUAAAUUCCUAUUGUUUUGGUUGGUCUGGCCGUUCCAUUUAAAGGCCCAGGUGGGUAUUUUUGCUGCUGGCUAUUUGGGCAGCCUGCUUAUGUUUGUUCGAAUGGGCUUCAUCUCCUUAGGCCCAAGUUCAGAGGUGAUGGGGUGUUGGGCUUCUGCCUUUUAAAUCCUUCUGUUUGCCAGGCUAUGCGCUGGGCUUUUGCUUCUCUCGGCCCACCUUGCUCUCGGAUCCAACUGAAGGCCUAGCUUUGUGCUGGGUUUUUUUUGUUGAAGGCCCAUCCCGUUUGGGUUGUGUUUAGCUUGUGUUUAUUUGUAUUUUGUUUUGGUUCCCUAUGUAGUUUUAUAUUAUGUGUUUGAGGUAGUUUGUUUUAUUUUUCCCUACUAAGUUAUCUUUUUUGAUAGCUUAGUCGGGUCUUAUAAAGCUCUCUCGGUUGUGAGGUUCCCAAAGCCUGUUUUGGGGUGUCCUCUUUUAGGAGUCUAGGGGGGUAUGCCCCCCAAAAGCCUGUAACACGCCUUCUUUUGGAAUAUAUUUACCGAGCAAAUGCUCAUUUAUCCAAAAAAAA